CCUUCAGCUCCGCGCCUGCCUGGAGGUGGCGCAGGCCAGCCGCGGGGCUCGUCUUCAGCAGGGAGCUCCAGUUCAGGAGCUGAACCCCUGUCCACGACCUGGGUCGGGCAUGUUUUCCAGGGCCCAGGUGAAGCGGAUCCUACAGCGGGUGCCCGGGAAGCAGCGACUCGGCGUUUACAGGUUCCUGCCCUUCUUUUUUGUCCUGGGAGGAACGAUGGAGUGGAUCAUGAUUAAACUGCGCGUGGGCCAGGAGACCUUCUAUGAUGUCUACCGUAGAAAAGCCUCAGAACGACAGUAUCAGAGAAGGCUGGAAAAUGCAUCGGAGACUGAACUUCAGCCGUCAAUAAAGUGAACAUGAAAUUUUA